UGGGGGCGGAGUGGAUGGCAUUGAGACAGCUGUCAUUUUCGCUUAGGGCAAAACCCUACUUCCGGUCACCAUAUUGAGUGACGACAGAGGUGGAGCUCCAACUGACAUGUUCAUUAAGGGCAGGGCUCCGAGGGCGACACCUCGAGAGCCACCGCGGGCUACCCGGGGCGGGCGGAGGCAGGUUGUAGCCCCGCCCCAGGCCUUGGGCUCCACCUCUCGGCCCCACUUCCGCCGGGCGAGCGUUUGUAGGAGGCGCUGCCGUAAAUCAGGCAGUGGGUUUGCCUCAUCACGCAAGAUGGCGGCCGCGGCGGUGAACGGUGCGGUCGGCUUCUCGAGCUCUGGGGCUGCGGCGCCUUCGGGCGCUGUCCUGCAAGCUGCGGCCGGCAUGUACGAGCAACUCAAGGGCGAGUGGAACCGUAAAAGCCCCAAUCUUAGCAAGUGCGGGGAAGAGCUGGGCCGGCUCAAGCUGGUCCUUCUGGAGCUCAACUUCUUGCCAACCACAGGGACCAAGUUGACCAAACAGCAGCUCAUUUUGGCCCGGGACAUACUGGAGAUCGGGGCCCAGUGGAGCAUCCUCCGCAAGGACAUCCCCUCCUUUGAGCGCUACAUGGCCCAGCUCAAAUGCUACUACUUUGAUUACAAGGAGCAGCUCCCCGAGUCAGCCUACAUGCACCAGCUCUUGGGCCUCAACCUCCUCUUCCUGCUGUCCCAGAACCGGGUGGCUGAGUUUCACACGGAGUUGGAGCGGCUGCCUGCCAAGGACAUCCAGACCAAUGUCUACAUCAAGCACCCUGUGUCCCUGGAGCAAUACCUGAUGGAGGGCAGCUACAACAAGGUGUUCCUGGCUAAGGGAAACAUCCCCGCCGAGAGCUAUACCUUCUUCAUCGACAUCCUGCUGGACACUAUCAGGGAUGAGAUUGCUGGGUGCAUCGAGAAGGCCUAUGAGAAAAUCCUUUUCACUGAGGCCACGCGGAUCCUCUUCUUCAACACACCCAAAAAGAUGACAGACUAUGCCAAGAAGAAUGAGGCUGGAGCUUAAUACAUGGGAUGAGCUUAGCACCUGACACCAGCUGGAGGCAGGCGCUGUCUUUAUAAGAAUUUCUUAGCGGCGGCAGCUUUUUCUGCAACACUUUGCUUCAUUUAGUCUCAGGCAUUUUAGCAUGAACAAUGCUUGGUGCUGCAGGAGGAGGACCAGGACCAGGCUGUGGAAGGUAAAAUUGGGCUGGGCACGGUGGCACACAUCCACUAAGGUGGAUCCUCUCACCUCAGCUCACUUUGGGAGGCCAGGUGGGAGGAUCAUCUGAAGUCAGGAGUUCAAGACCAGCCUGGCCAACAUGGAGAAACCCCGACCCUACUAAAAAAUACACAAAAUUAGCCGGACAUGGUGGUGGGUGCCUAUAAUCCCAGCUACUUGGGAGGCUGAGGCAGAAGAAUCGCUUGAACCCAGGAGGCAGAGGUUGCAGUGAGCUGAGAUGACGCCAUUGCACUCCAGCCUGGGCAACAAGAGUGAAACUGGGGAAAAAACAAAAAGGUGAAAUUGCAUUUGAGUGAUGGUGACAGCUGAGACUGAGAGAUCACUCUGGCCAAACCUGUUCUCAGCACUUUAAAGGUGCUGAUUCACUGAAUCCUCACAGUCGACCCAGAGAGGUAUGUAAUUACGGUCCCAAUCUCAACACAGAGAAACUGAGGCACAGAGAGGGGAAGUUACUUGCAAAGAGUCGUUGGGGUAGAGUAGGUUUGGUGAGAAGAGAGCAUGGCACACAUGGGCAGGUGCUGGCUCCCCGGGGUGGAGAUGGUGCCUU